AUGGAUUGGAAAGAUGCACUGCUGGACAUCGUAAAGGAUUCGGGCUUACGGCUCCGGUUCAGGGAACCGCUCGCGAAACAUACCUACUUCGGUAUCGGUGGCGAAGCCACUGCUUACAUUGAGGCCAGCACGACAACCGAAUUGGCCGCAGUCGCACGUUUCCAUCGGCAGUGGAAUGUUCCGGUCGCAAUUAUUGGUCGUGGCUCAAAUCUGUUGGUGAGCGAUACCGGCUUCAACGGCAUCGGUGUCAGGUUAGUCGGGGAGUUAGCGAAACUGGAGGUUGAUGGGAACGUCGUUUCGGUCGGCGCAGGUCUUUCAUUGCCGCGACUCUCGAAAGCGAUGUCACGGCGCGGUCUGAGCGGUGUGGAAUUUGCGCUCGGCAUCCCCGGCUCGGUCGGCGGUGCACUGAUUAUGAACGCUGGCGCCUGGGGGAGUAGUUUUGGAGAUGUCGUCACAGAGGUCACAGUCAUGAACGAUACUGGUGAACUCGUCAACUUAACCCACGCCGAGGCAGACUUUGAAUACCGACACAGCGGUUUGGACACCUAUUUCUGUGUUACAGGCGCGACAUUGAAACUUGAACCCGGGGACGCUGACACAAUCACGGCACGGAUGCAAGCAUUCUACAAACAGAAAGUUGAAACGCAACCCUUCGCCGAAGAGAACGCCGGAUGUAUGUUCAAAAAUCCACCCGGCGAUUCCGCAGGAAGGCUGAUCGACAUCAGCGGUUUGAAAGGUUAUCGUAUCGGCGGUGCAGAGGUAUCCACGGUACACGGGAAUUUUAUUCUCAAUAUCGAUAAUGCCACAGCGUCGGAUGUAUUGAACUUAGUCGCGCAUAUCCAACAGCAGGUACGCGAAAAAACGGGGACCUCCCUACAGACAGAGGUAAAACGGCUGGGGUUUGACGACUAA